CUCUGGAUUCCAAGAUUCCACAACAAUUCGUCUCCUCCAACAGUUUUUUUCUUCUUCUAUGUUUCCUUCGACACACAAAAAUAUAUAAUUUAACGGCAGAAAUCGCUUUGGCUAAAUUUCCCUCUUCCACAAAAGGAUCUCUCUGAUCGCCGCCGGGAAAAUUCAAUUCACCGGGAGUGUUAUAUACUCGCCGUAUUCUUUUUUCCCCUUUUUUUUCACCGGUGGAGUUUCAGGAGAUGGUGUCGCCCGAAAACGCUAAUUGGAUUUGCGACCUGAUUGAUGCCGACUAUGGAAGUUUCACAAUCCAAGGUCCAGGUUUCUCUUGGCCCGUGCAGCAACCUAUUGGCGUUUCUUCAAACUCCAGCGCGGGAGUUGAUGUCUCAGCUGGAAAUUCAGAAGCCAGCAAGGAACCUGGCUCCAAAAAGAGGGGUAGAUGUGAAUCAUCCUCUGCCACUGGCUCAAAAGCAUGUAGAGAGAAGCUGCGACGUGACAGAUUGAAUGACAAGUUUACGGAAUUGGGUGCAAUUUUGGAGCCUGGGAAUCCUCCCAAAACAGACAAGGCUGCAAUCUUGGUUGAUGCUGUCCGCAUGGUGGCACAGCUACGGGGCGAAGCCCAGAAGUUGAAGGACUCCAAUUCAAGUCUCCAGGACAAAAUCAAAGAGUUAAAGACUGAGAAAAACGAGUUGCGAGAUGAGAAACAGAGGCUGAAGACAGAGAAAGAGAAGCUGGAGCAACAGCUGAAAACCAUGAAUGCUCCUCAACCAAGCUUUUUCCCAGCUCCACCUAUGAUGCCAACUGCUUUUGCUUCUGCACAAGGCCAAGCUCCCGGAAACAAGAUGGUGCCAAUCAUCAGUUACCCAGGAGUUGCCAUGUGGCAGUUCAUGCCUCCUGCUUCAGUCGAUACUUCUCAGGAUCAUGUCCUUCGUCCACCAGUUGCUUAACUGGGAGACAAAGACCUCAGGAAAAAAAAUCAUCAAUUGGUUUGCUUCUCGCUUCCGCUGAAAGAAAAGUCUCCAUUUGUUUUGCUCUCCUCUUUCUCGGCUUUCUUAGUCUUAUCGUUGCUUUCGUUUUAUGGUGUUAUCUUCGUAACUGUUAUCUGUUGAACAAUGAUAUGACAUUGUAAAACUCCAAUUGCUUUGCGCAAUGUUAUCUAUUCACAUGUAAAUUUAAGUA